AUCUACAAACAAAUUAAAUGAAUAAUCUUGCAAAAACUGGUUGAGCAACUCAAACGUAAUUGUUUUAAGUCAGUGGGAAAUUCACAAGCUGUUGUUUAGUUUGAUUUCAACAAUGUUCAUCUACAGACCGGCAAUUUGUGCGCUUCUGAUAUUGGUUUUGAUCAGCUUAGCUAAGGCUCGCCAUCCGUUUGAUAUUUUUCAUUGGAAUCCGAACGAUUUUGAGGAAUGUCUGCAUCUUAAUAACAUAACGAUUGGCGAAUACGAGAAAUAUGCGCGGUUCGAGACUCUUGACUACCUACUCAACGAGAACGUAGAUUUGAAGUACAAGUGCAAUAUCAAAUGCCAGCUGGAAAGGGACUCGAACAAAUGGUUGAAUGAACAAGGUAAAAUGGAUCUGGAACUGAUGAAUGCCACCAGUGAAGCAGCCAACUCCAUUGCCAAGUGCAUGAAUCGGGCUUCCGAAGAACCCUGUGCCUACAGCUUCAAACUGGUUAUUUGUGGGUUCAAGGCUGGUCAUCCCCUUGUUGAUUCCGACUAAUUAGUUAUACUUUAUAAAUGUGCAAGUUCCCAAGUAAGAAUAAGACUUAUGCUAUAAUAUUAUUUGUUCAUAUAAGAUAAGUAGUUUCUUCCGCUCAUUGUCUAAACUGAGGAAAAAGUUAAUUUUUAAUCAAGAACCGAAAAUUAUCGUUUUUUGAAACUUUUUUGUUAAGAACUACAGUAAGUUUUAUUUAUAAUCAUCUCAAAGUGUUCACAAAGUAUAUAAAAACGCCAAUCACCCUUGCCAAUAAAAUGUAUACAAAAUCAGCCAAAUUAAAACCAAUUAAAAUCGCAUUAAUAUUAUAAAAAGAAAAGUUACAAAUAAUAAUUUUUGUUGGUUCCUGUUUAAAAUUAAAAAAUUAUCAUUUUUAUUAACAAGAACAAAUAAGAUUUUCAUAACUGUCUUUUAAGAAUAUAAGGAACGCAUCUAUGCCCUCGCAAAGAAUGUUUUAAUUGUUGUAAAAUGACAAGCAGGUCGAGUUCCAGGAAUUUAAGAGUAUCGAUAAAUCAAGAAGUUGAUCUGUUUAAUUUCUAUCUUAAGGGAAACACAAGCUAAACACAUUUGCAUAAGUUAGAUAAUUGAGCCUACGAGAGGCAGGUAACAAUAUAGACCGAUCAAUAAGCAAAUUAAAUCUAUAAUCGUGAAAAACUGGUUAAUCAACUUAAA